AUGCAAGUUCACUUAUCCUUCAUUGCUGCCAUUGUCGCCUUCUCCGCUUACGUUGCUGCUGCUCCUACUGCUGCUGCCCUCAUCAAGCGAGGCGAAUCUUAUUCUGGCACUGCCACUUGGUAUAAACCUGCCACUGAAGGUGGUCCCAAAGGAGCUUGCGACGGACAACAUAUUGAUGAUGACUCUCCCAUCGUGGCCCUCAAUAAAGAUCAGUAUGGGGACUUGGACUCUAAGUCUGACAUGUGUGGCUCCAAAAUCAAAAUCAAGGGUGAAGCAGGUGAAGCUACUGCAACUAUCGUAGACGCCUGUCCUGAGUGCCAUCACGGAGAUUUGGACUUGACUCCUACUUUAUUCAAAAAGGUGGUCGGUGAUAUGGAUAUUGGAGAGGGUGACAUCACUUGGGAGGUGGUCUAA